AUGUCAAGAGCUAAAGUUGGUAUUAACGGUUUUGGUCGCAUUGGUAGACUCGUACUUCGUGCCGCUUUCCUCAAAAACACUGUGGAUGUAGUUUCAGUGAAUGACCCUUUUAUCGAUUUGGAGUACAUGGUGUACAUGAUUAAAUAUGAUUCGACUCACGGAAGAUUUCCAGGCGAGGUGUCAACUGAAAACGGAAAAUUAAAAGUUAAUGGGAAGCUGAUAGCAGUUCAUAAAGAAAAAGACCCUUUGAAUAUCCCAUGGAACAUUGAUGGUGCUGAAUAUGUUGUCGAAUCAACUGGAGUCUUUACCACCACUGAUAAAGCUGAGGCCCAUAUUAAGAAUAAUCGGGCUAAAAAGGUUAUAAUAUCUGCGCCUUCUGCAGAUGCACCCAUGUUCGUGGUUGGUGUUAAUGAAAAGUCGUACGAUAAGUCCAUGUCUGUGGUUUCUAACGCGUCAUGCACAACAAAUUGUUUAGCACCUCUGGCUAAAGUUAUUCAUGAUAAUUUUGAAAUAGUCGAAGGGCUUAUGACAACCGUGCACUCAUUCACGGCUACUCAAAAGGUCGUGGAUGGACCAUCUUCAAAAUUGUGGAGAGAUGGUCGUGGAGCUGGCCAAAAUAUCAUCCCAGCUGCCACUGGUGCUGCUAAGGCUGUUGGCAAAGUCAUCCCAGAGUUAAAUGGGAAAUUAACUGGAAUGGCUUUCCGCGUUCCCACACCGAACGUCUCAGUAGUUGACCUAACGUGUAGGCUGGGCAAAGGAGCUACUUAUGAUCAAAUCAAGGCUGUUGUGAAAGCAGCUGCGUCUGGACCAUUAAAGGGGAUUUUGGAAUACACUGAAGAUGAGGUCGUCAGUUCAGACUUUAUUGGAACUACCAGUUCAUCUAUAUUUGAUGCAAAGGCGGGGAUAUCUCUCAACAACAAUUUUGUGAAAUUGGUUUCAUGGUACGAUAAUGAGUUCGGGUACAGCUGCCGCGUAGUUGAUCUCAUUACACAUAUGCACAAAGUCGACCAUGCAUAA